AUGGCCGCCACAUCAUCAGCCAAACCCCAGAUCCUCCUGAUAUCUCUCGAUCUACAGCCAUGGUUCGAUGACAUGUACUCAAGCCUCAUUGAUCAGCUGCACGACAAGGCAACCAUCCAAAGAGCCAGGAAGGGACACUCUGCCAUACGCAGACUAUCUGAUGAUCCUCCCAAGGCUGUCCUAGUGACAGAUGCAGCUAUCACAACCAAAAGAUAUGCCAAUGUCUGGGACGCAUUGCUUGCCUACGUUCGCGACGGAGGAAUAGCCGUGUGUAUGGGACUGUUCUCUAGCUUCGUUCCACCGCUCAAGAUCAAGCCGUUCUUCCAAAAGACGGGUUUGCCAUGGGAGGCUGGUUCUUACCAUCGGACAACUGUUGUUCUCGACAAAGACAACGUGCCAGUCGAUGCUGUGGACUUUCUUGCUGAGUCCUACAGCCAAAAGGCGGUUUUUCUUAAAAACGUGGACAAUUCAGUGGCGUGGUACCGUCAGAAUGGCGACUCUGUCAUAGAAUCUUCGGUGUUUCCGCCAACACAUGUGGAGGAUAUCAGCGAGGUCCCAAUUGCUCUGGCCAAUGUUGGAGAAGGAAAGCUAGGCUAUAUUGGUGAUGUUAACACGGAAGAGCCAUCGAAUGCCGCCAUUCUUGCAAUGUGUGGACUACAUGGCUGA